AUGUCCCACUCAAUCAUAUUUGCGAAUCCGCAGGCUCAAUCCUACACACACACGUACGAUGCAGAUAUAACCCUUGCGCAGGCUUUCCACAAGCGCCUCCCUGGGUACAAAACGACCCCGAUUGUCCCCCUGGAUGAUCUCGCCAAAGAGCUAAAUGUCAAAGCAAUCUUUGUCAAAGACGAAAGUAGCCGGCUCGGAUUGCCGUCUUUCAAGAUCCUGGGUGCUUCAUGGGGUACUUUCCGUGCGAUCGCUGAGCAGCAUGGACUUGCCCUUGACUCGAGCCUUGAAGACGCUUCAGUUGCAGCGAAGAGGUCAGGGACAACACUCUUUGCGGCUACCGAAGGAAACCACGGCCGGGCUGUCGCGCGAAUGGGCAAGAUACUGGGCGUCCCAGUUCGGAUCUUCAUGUCCAGAUUUGCUGACGAUGAGACCUGCCAAAAGAUCGAGAGGGAAGGCGCAGAAGUCACGGUCAUAUCCGGCACCUACGAUGAUGCCGUCUCAAAGGCCUUUGAGGAAUCACAGAAGACGCCAAGUGGCCUUCUUAUUCAAGACAAUGCUUUCGACGGAUACGAACAAAUUCCGGCCUGGAUCGUGGAAGGCUAUUCAACACUCUUGUUUGAAGUCGAGGAGCAACUCAAUGCCCAGGAGCUGGAAGCGACCAUGAUUGUCACUCCCAUCGGUGUCGGCUCUUUGGGUCACUCUGUUGCAGCCUUUUGCAAGUCUGACGGCAGACAAAUUGGUGUGGUGGCAGUAGAGCCUGAGACCGCGGCAUGUUUGCAUCAAAAUCUCCGAUCUGGCGAAUGGAACACAAUCGCGACAUCGGCAACCAUCAUGAACGGUAUGAAUUGUGGGACUGUCUCUCCUAUCUCCUGGCCAAUCCUUUCAAGAGCAGUCGAUAUCAGCAUCGCAGUCUCAGACUUGGAAUGCCAUAAAUCCAUCCAGUAUCUUCAAUCUCAUGGUGUCAAUGCUGGGCCUUGUGGAGCGGCGGCACUUGCUGCCAUCAAAAAAAUCAGCUUGACAGAUUCUCCUCCCGCAGGAUUGUUGACAGAUGCUGUCAUUGUGCUGUUAAGCACUGAGGGCGCGAGAAGCUACGUCUCUCCCAGCAUGGCUUCUUAA